AUGUCUCCGAGGAGGUUGGAGACUCGGGGUCCCACCCUCUCCUUCAUCCAGCCUCAGCCUAAGUGGACCGAGAUCGUGACCAGAAAGCUGAAGUUCCCACCUCUGCUGCUGGGUGCCAUUGACCUGGUGCAGCAGCUGCUGGAGUUGCGGGUUGAGGCCACAGACGGUGGGCCAGGCGGGCCCCUGCAAGAUGUGGAGGAGGCUGAGGACCACUCCUGGAGGGAGGCCCUCAAUCUGGCCAUCUGCCUGGGCCACGAGGCCAUCACUGAUGUGCUGUUGGCCAGUGUCAAGUUCGACUUCCGGCAGAUCCACGAGGCCCUGCUGGUGGCCGUGGACACAAACCAGCCAGCAGUGGUGCGUCGCCUGCUGGCCUGGCUGGAGCAGGAGAAGGGCCGCAAGGUGGACACCAGGUCUUUCUCACCGGCCUUCUUUGACUCAUCAGUCGAUGGCCCCCGCUUUGCCCCUGCUGUCACCUCCCUCACCCUGGCCUGCCAGAAGGACCUGUAUGAGAUCGCCCAGCUGCUCAUGGACCAGGGCCACAGCAUUGCCUGGCCCCACCCCGCCUCCUGUGCCUGCCCUGAGUGCAGCAACACAUGCUGCUACGGUCUGCUCCAGUUCUCCCCGUCCCGCAUCAACGCCUGCCGUGGCAUUGCCAGCUGCGCCCACCUCUCACUGGCCAGUGAGGACGCCAUGCUGGCUGCCUUCCAGCUCAGCUGCGAGCUCAGGCGCCUUGCCCACGGUUGGUUUCUGCUCCCUUCCCCUGCCCUUGGUCCCGAGUACAUUGCUCUGGAGUCACUGAGCCAGGUCUACGGCUUUGAACUGCUGGGCAUGUGCCAGAACCAGAGCGAGGUCACUGCGGUGCUCGAUGACUUGGGCGAGGACAGCAAGACUGAGCCCGAGGCCGAGGGUCUGGACCAGGCCUUUGAGGAAAGCAUCCCCAACCUGGCGAGGCUGCGACUGGCCAUCACCUACAACCAGAAGUGGUUUGUAGCACCCCCCCCCAUCUGCCAGCAGGUCCUGUCCUCCAUCUGGCAUGGGAACCUGGCUGGCUGGCGUGGGAGCACCACUCUCUGGAAGCUCUUUGUCGCCUUCCUCAUCUUCCUCACCACGCCCUUCCUCUGCCUUGGCCACUGGCUGGCGCCCAAGUCCCGGCUGGGCCACCUGAUGAGGAGUCUGGUGCUGAAGUUCCUGCUGCACUCGGCCUCCUAUCUGUGGUUCCGCAUCUUCCUGCUGGGAGAGUCCCUGGUCAUGGAGACACAGCUGAGUACCUUCCGAGGCCGCAGCCACAGUGUCUGGGAGAUUUCACUACACGUGGUUUGGGUUGCAGGUACAUGUGUGGGGCCUUUUAUCUGUGGCAGACCCCCAGUCCAGAAAGGGACCCCCAGUCCAGCUGCUGAGCUGACCAGCCAAAUGCUCAGUAGAGCCCUGGAGGUUACUGUCCAGUUCAUGUUCAUUCUCACGAUUAUCCUGACCGCCUUCCUCUGCUGCCUCAACAACGUCUACGUGCCUUACCAGGAGACAGAGCGGCUGGGCAAUUUCAACGAGACCUUCCAGUUUCUGUUCUGGACCAUGUUUGGCAUGGAGGAGCACAGUGUGGUUGACAUGCCGCAGUUUCUGGUGCCGGAAUUUGUGGGCCGGGCACUCUACGGUAUCUUUACCAUCAUCAUGGUCAUUGUGCUGCUCAACACGCUCAUUGCCAUGAUCACCACCUCCUUCCAGAAGACUGAGAUGCGUGAACUGAGGGACACUGCUGAUGUGGAGUGGAAGUUUGCUUGCUCCAAGCUCUACCUGUCCUACUUCCGAGAGGGUCUGACGCUGCCUGUGCCCUUCAACAUCCUGCCCUCCCCCAAGGCUACCUUCUACCUUCUCAGGAGAAUUUUCCACUUCAUUUGCUGUUGCUGCUCCUGCUGCAAAACCAAGAAGCCAGACUCUCCCCCAGUCCCCACCUUUGCCAAUCCUGGGGCAGGGGCAGGGCCUGGGGAGGAAGAGCGUGGAUCCUACUGGCUCCAUGUCAUCAAGGCUCUGGUACAGCGCUACAUAGAGACUGCGCGCCGGGAGUUUGAGGAGACCUGUCGGAAAGACCUGGGCAACAGACUGACAGAGGUGACCAAGACAGUAUCUCGACUGCAAAGCAAGGUAGCCGGUGUGCAGCGGACUCCGGUGGAGGGAAGGCUGCGCCGGCCACCGGACAGUGCCAGCAUCCUCCGUCACUCCAUCACCCGAGUGUGCAACAGCUUCCAGAACCUUGGCCCUCCCAUCCCUGAGAACCCAGAGCUGACAGUGCCAGGGAUUGUGGGGACCCAGGUGUCUUCAGAAACUGGGCUUCAGGAGGCAGGCAGGGCCAGGACUCCAGCAUCUGGAGAGUCUGGCCCCUCCUCCCCAGCUUACGUGCUAGGGCACAGGGAGCAAGAAUCAGAGGGGGCUGGGGACGUGCCCCAGGAGGAAGACCUGGGAACCAAGGAGGGGUCCUGA